UUCGCCCGCUCGGCGCCAGCCCUGGCAGGUGGGAGGUUUCAGGCGCCGGGGCCUGGGCCGUCCCCGGUGUGAGGUGUCCGCUAUGAGCGGGGCAGGAGCGCACGGGGAGGCCGCGGGAGCCGCCCCUUGCCCGGCCCCGCGGUGCCGAGGCCCUGCCGGCGGGAGAGGAGCGCGGCCGGGCCCGGGAGGCGCGGCCCGUGUGACAGAAGCCGCCUGUUGUCGCGGCGAGGGAGCCCGGGCUCUGUCCCUGCGUGGGGUGCAGGCUCUGCUGAAAAACAUCCAUUGUCUUCGUGUUUGCUUUUUUGUUUUGUUUCAACUGGAUUUUAAAAGGGUAUUUUUGAUCAUAUUUAGGCUGGAAAUAAGGGGUUUUCUGUUUCGGUAUUCACCUGACAAAGGGCCGUUCUGCCCUGCGCAGCCUCACAGAACCGCGCUGUACGAGGACCCCCCGGCAGCAUGCUGGCCUAUCGUAUAUUCUCCAGACUACAACAUCACAUUCGUGGGACUUGAGAAACUGCAUCCAUUCGAUGCAGGGAAAUGGGGAAAAGUAAUCAAUUUUUUGAAAGAAGAAAAACUAAUUGCAGAUGACUUGAUUGUGCAGGCACGGGAAGCUACUGAUGAAGAUCUCUUGGUUGUUCACACAAGGCGCUACCUUAAUAAAUUGAAGUGGUCCUUUGUUGUGGCUACGAUCACAGAAAUCCCACCAGUCGCCUUUCUUCCCAAUUUCGUUGUUCAGAGAAAAGUUUUGAGACCUCUACGAACCCAGACAGGAGGAACAAUAAUGGCAGGAAAACUUGCUGUUGAUAGAGGCUGGGCGAUCAACGUGGGGGGCGGUUUUCAUCACUGCUCAAGUGACAAAGGUGGAGGAUUUUGUGCGUACGCCGAUAUCACCCUGGCUAUAAAGUUCUUAUUUGAAAGAGUACAAGGCGUUUCUAAAGCCACAAUUAUUGAUCUGGAUGCUCAUCAGGGAAAUGGCCAUGAGAGGGACUUUAUGGAUGAUCAUCGGGUAUAUAUUAUGGAUGUGUACAAUAGAUAUAUUUAUCCAGGGGAUGGAUUUGCUAAACGUGCCAUUAAACGCAAGGUGGAAUUGGAGUGGGGUACAGAGGACACGGAAUAUCUUCAGAAGGUACAUACUCACGUGGAAGGAGCGUUAAAUGAAUUAAAGCCUGAUAUCAUUGUUUAUAACGCUGGGACUGACAUUCUGGAUGGUGACCCGCUGGGAGGACUGGCUGUUUCGCCUCAGGGAAUUGUGAAGCGAGAUGAAGUCGUGUUCAAGGCUGCCAGAAGGCGCAGAAUCCCCAUCCUGAUGGUGACGUCCGGGGGCUACCAGAAGAGGACGGCGCGGAUUAUCGCCGACUCCAUCCUCAAUCUGCAUAGCCUGGGGCUCAUUGACAAGGAGCUGGCGGCCAGCGGAGCUGGGAAUCCCAAGGUAGAACAGAUGAUUAGAGACUCGGCUCAAGACUUCAGCAACUUGUCACUGCAAUGACAAGUUCCUGAAUUGUAGGAAACAGCCUCCGGUUUAGGAGCAGGGAGCCUCCGUGUCGUUAUCAGGGUUAAUAAAACGUUUUAAGAACACUCAGCUUGCCUGUAAAAUAACACCGUAGAGAUAAUAUGCAGUCACAGAGUAAUGGUGUCUAACUUCUGGAGCUGUCUUGAGCAAAGGCAACAAAUCCUUUCAAGCUAAUGGAGACAUAAACUCCAGGGUACUGUCUUUCACACUAUAAUAUUACUGUAAAAAGCGUUAAUUGCUUCUCUUCGUGUUAUGGGUAGUUUCUUAUGUUGAAAGAACUAUGCAGUUGGUAUCCAAACACUGUUCCAGGCCUAUUUGAGGUGAUGCAGUUCGGACUGUGGUGGGAAAUGUAUGGACUGAACCUACUGGUGUUUGUUUUUUUUUUUAAGAUACUGCUUUUUAUUUAUUGCUUUUUCUAUUGAAAUAUUGCUAUAAAACGCAUUCUGUGCAGGCUUGAACUGUCAGUUUAAUACUAAAGCAAAGUGCAAUACUAUAAAAAACAGUCGGUAGGCUUUUAAGCCUUAGCUUAUUAGAACGAAAGUUCAUUAAUUUAUAUUUUAUUCCUGUUGUUGAUAGUGACUUAAAUCCUACUUAUAAACACCUUGAGAAAUAAAAUAUGAAAUGCCUUUGGCGCCAAAUGCAAAUGAGCCAUUAAGGGCUCAGCAUUAACAGUCUAGUUUUCGCCCCUUUUAAAAUGAGGCCUGCAUAUAAAAGGCAAUAGCUACUAUGCAUCGUAAAUCACAGAGCGAAGAAACUACAAUGAAAUGGAAAGCUAAUCUUAGAGUUCUGAGAAUUCUUGCGGAAAACAUGAUAUAGAAAUACAAGGUAGCUUGUUAUUGCCAGCUUUUCAUGUAUGAAACAGUGAAAUUUUGAUUUUGUUUUUUUUCCCCAACUAGUGCUGUGUUUUUGACUUGCUGGAAGAGUAAUGGUACUCAUAGUUGCAGUCAUAGUUGGUAAGCAAAUUGUUCACAUUUACAGAUAAAAAUACAGUGAACUUUCUACAUGAAGUUAAUGUGCAAGCAUCUGGGAGCUUCUAGGAGGAUUUGGGAACAAAAUAACAUAUUCAAAAGCAAAUGGAGUGCACUAACUGUAAAGCCAGGUUUUAUUUCAGUUGGUGUAUUUUGCUUUAGGUACUGUUUGCAGCAUUGGGUCAUAAAUGUACUAAACUGUAUAUUUUGCAAGAGCUUUAACUUCCAAGUAUUCACUGACUUGUAGUACAAGUUUGAUGUUGUGUUUAGGCUGGAGCCCUUCUAUGUAGGAACACCAGUGUUUUCCGUGUAGAAUUGGUGCAUAAGCUAUUUAAGGAAUGUUUAAUUCUAAUUAGAGUACUUACCUCACUUAGUCUUAAUUUUUAGAUUGAUUGAGGUUUGUUAAUUUUAAGAACUUGCACAAUUGCUAUAAAUAUCUGCUUUAAAACAGAUUUGACAUAUUGCACUAAUUUUGAGUUGCAACACUGUUAUUAAAAGGCACUUUUAAAUUUCUUACUAGAAGCAUCAUCAGAGUACAACUGAUGUUGAUUUAUUUUUUCUAUACUGUCUGAUGUUACUGAAAGAUGUUGUUCUUUCGUAUAAUUUUUACAAAAUUAUAACUUAAAUUUCUACAAACUCAAACUGUUAUAAUACCUUAUCAUCUUUUCCAAGACAUUUUCUGUUUGUGUUGACAUGUUUUUAUUAUUUUAUCUCGGUGGAAAUUAAAAUGACGUUGAACAACA